GCUUAACUCCAUCUAGGUUUCCGUUUGUUUGAACAUGGAGUGUCCCUCUAGAUCUAGUCUAGUGUAGCCAUGAUUUGAAUAACCAACAUCGAACAGUGACACAAGUCCACAUUGGAUCAGAUUUGAGGAUAACUUUGAUAUAUCGAGGAGACAACUUGGAGUGCAUCUCAUGCAUGCAUGGAUGGCAUGCCUCUCACCCAGCCCAGUCAGUUUUGUAGACGAGCUUGACCGAGCUGCCCUUGACGACGGACAUGAUCAUUGAAAUUUGACGCUCAUCAAAAAAUCAAGAUCAAGUUCUAACAGUUCUAGUAGAUCUACAGGUAGCAGAAUUUGCCGUUGGCCAUGGCAACAUCAGAGUCUGAAAGUGAAUCUGAAAGUCUUGGAUACGACACUGAUGAUGAUGAAGAAGCUGCUGAGCUUGAUUCUCACGAAAGCAAACGUGUCUCAGGAAAGAGACCUCGAAGUCGAAUACGUAACAAACACGAUGAUCGCCGAAGCAUCAACCCUGGCGCCGACAGCGCCGGCAGCUCUAGCCAGGGCCACCGGCAACGUCUCAAUCGGCAGUCUUGGAUUUCUACUUCUAGUGAAUCAGAAACAGAUCUAGAUCCAGGUCAAGAACUAACUGCAGAGGAUCUUAAGACAGAGAUCAGAUGCAUCAAAUACCACAAUCAUCGGGCUACAACAUCAGGAGAAACUAAAUAUCAGGGUACAAAGUCCAGCAGCAUUGGCAUUGCUAAGCAGCAAUUGAAUGAUCUGGUUUCACUUUCAAGUUCAACUUCAAGUCAUGGCAGAGCAACUGAAAUAAAGUCAAAGAGGAUGCAGGAGGGUGCUGUGAUCUUCAGGCCGACGAAGAAACCUCAUCACCACCGACAUAAGAGGUCCGGACACAAAAUGAAACCUCUCAAUCAGGAGAAUAUGGGGUCUUACAAGAAAGCGCAUCAGCAUUUGACAUCGAAUGACAUCUCGUUACUCACAAGAAGGAAGAGCCUUAGUAUGAACGGCGGUUUGAUACCUGUGGAUAUGAAUUUUAAUAUCCGUGCAUUGAUUCACCCUUCCCUUAUCGGAAGAGACGAUGGGAUUCCAGUGAAGAGGCGAAAGAAAAUGUCACUGUCAUCAGAUUCAGAAGCAAUAUCAAAUAAUGAGAUCAAUUAUGAGCCUGUGCUUGUCAAUGAAAGAAGAACUACCAGUUCGCCACAAUUUGAGAAGAUUUUCACCAUAUCCGACAGCUCUCCAGACGAUGAUGAGAGAGAUGUGAGAACUAAAAGCUCCCCAAGGCGCAGAUCAAGCGACUCGGAUGUGAUUUGUUUAGGUUCCGACUCUGAUCACAGGAAAGAAAGUUUCCAUCAAUCCCUACAUCAUGCUAGCUAUACAAGCAAUGCGGAUGCAGAGAUUGACCGUGAUGAGACAUUCUUUUGUGAACCACCGAAUCUGAUCCAAGCGGAGCCACUGAGUAAUUCCUCACGUCAUUAUACUCCCCGUGAUGAUGAUGAUAAUAAAGGUGCAGAUUCAGACUCCAGUGAUUUACCGGAGUUUACAUCCAGCUACAAUGAACAACUUUUGUGUGGAAAUGAUGUUGAAAGAUCACCACUACAAGUACAUGAUGUUGAAAGAUCACCACCACAAGAACAUGUAUGGCCCUCAUCACCCCCUGAUUCAACACCCCCUGGUAGUGAUCGCUCAAGACAUUCUUCGGCAGAUUUGGGUGAAAGGGUGGAGCAGCCAACAGAUGCAUGUUGGGUGUCUUUCUUGUCCCCAUCAGGAGAUACAAAGGCUAGUGAUCUUUCUGUGAGGAACUUUCAACACAGUCAGUGUAUUAGUAAGCCCUUCAGCCAGGACAAGCGAAACACAGUGUAUGCCUGCCAUGAGGAAGAGUUCACUCAGGCAGCGGUGAACUUGAUAGCGCAAUUCACAACAACGAAUCAUAAACCACCACCACAGCUUCUUCAGGACCUUUUCCAUGACACCUUGAGAAAGUGCAGCAGUAGUUCUUUAGAAGCCUCGGUAGUCUACAGAUGCCUCAAGAACAUCCAACACCUACAUCAUCCAAGUUCUAGGGACUUUCCUAUGGAAUGGAAUCUCAUCAAAUCUGUAGCAACCACUCUAGUUAGUUCACCAUCAAAAGAUAGUCUGGAUAAUAGCGCAUCACCAGCUAUUAAGUGGCACAUAGACCUGCUGUCUUUACACUUCCUUGUGUCCGUUCUUGAGGAUGAUGUAGAGCGUAAAGCAAGAUGGAAAACACUGAAGAAGUCCUUUGCCUUCUCCAUUCUUAACCCAGAAAUCUGCAGGAACAAUUGCAGAGAAGUUGUUGACUGGAUCCACAAGGUAGUUUCUGAAUUAGAACCAUUGCAGGGAUUUGAGGCAUCUACUUCCUGUUCAACAGUGGUUAGUUGUGGAUGCCCAGACAGUGCUUGCCACAGGAACUAUGUCCUUCCUUUGCUUGGAAAGCUGUUGGAGUUGAGCUUUAGGAUGGCAACCUCUUUGACCCUGAAGACAUACGUCCAAAGGACUGUUGAUGAACUGAACAGCUGUGGCCUUAAAGGACUACCGCAGCUGAGACUUGUGUUUGAGACGCUCCAACAGCCGUGGCUUAGACUCAAACUCAGUGACCUGAUCUUCAACACACACUUUGAAUCCAAGAUCUUCAGUCUAUCAAGAGAUAAUAUCUCUAUCUCAAGAAUCGUCCAGGAGUACUUCCUCUUCCUGCCAAGACCGACCUCGGUGAACACCAAUGAUGAGGAGGAGGAGGAUGAAGUGAUCGAGACUGGGUUUAGCAGGGGCGGUAAAGAAGAGAUGGCAUAUCUUCUGCUUGUCAUGCUGCAGAGUUACCUCAGAUGCUGCAGUGGAUACCUGUCCAAGGUUGAGCAAGGCAAGAAGUCAAUCUCUCUUUCCAAGUCCUCUUCACCAUGGUCUUCAGUGUGCCGGAAGCAGCUUUCCCAAGAUGAUAGGAUCUGCCUCCUGCAGAUGGGCGACUAUGUGGACCAGCUGAGGAACCAUCUGAGUUCAUCCUCGCACCCUAGUGAGAUGAGCAUGGUGACCGAGGUCUGUCUGGCACAGAUGAGUGUCCUAUAUGAAUGGAUGUAGUCUUUCAUCUCUAUCAACCAUGUCAGGUCACCAUGAUGCAGAUACAACAUCAAAGACGAAUUCAGCAUGAAAUCAUUCCAGGAACAUCGUCAUCGUCAGUCCCCUUGCUCUCAAAGCCUCUCAUAGAACUUAUCAUCAGUGAGUAAUACAAAGUAAUAUAAAGACAAGGUGACUGUAUGGAUUCCUCUUCGGGUUGAUCUUCUCAAACAUGAUAUGUGAGUAGCUCAUCAAGUACAUUGUGCACAACAAAAGAAGCAUCACCUAUUCACCGUGCCAGGAUUCAUUUGAAUACUGAAAGCAUUCAGACUCCUGUUCAGACUCCUGUUCACACUCCUGUUCAUUGUGCCACAAGCCUGUGUUAUUUGAUAUUUGAUAACAACACAAAGUCUACAGAGCUGAACAGUGCACACCUUGUAUUUCACUGAAAUAACGUGAUCAUGUGUGACCAUUCUGAGGUUGUUCUUUCCUUUGUCAUCUCUAGCAGAGUAGUGGUGAACAAGUAUGCAUACAUGUUUAAUGGCCAUUCAUUGAAAUAAUGAUGACGUGGAAGUUGUAUGAGUCAUAAGGUGCGUUCAAGCAAUUUUUUGAAGCUAGAAUCACAAAUCAAACGCUAUUACAAAACACGGUUACUGCGGGAGAUUGUUCAAGCGAUUUUCCAUCAACGCUGAUUUUCACUCAUUUAAAGCCCAGCCACU